CCCCCUCAACAGUUUGGGAAGGGCAGCGAUGACUCUGGCCUUGACCAGCCGGGAAGUGAAUAGGAAUUUUGAGGAUUUCAACAUUCUUUCCGUAUUUCUUACUUCAAGAUGAUGCACUUCCUGUUGCUGUUCAGUCGUCAGGGAAAGCUACGGCUGCAGAAAUGGUUCCUGCCCCUUCCCGAGAGAGAGAGGAAGAAGAUUGUGAAGGACAUGACCACUAUAGUGUUGUCACGAAAACCUCGCACGUGUAACUUCCUGCACUGGAAGGACCUGAAGGUUGUCUAUAAGAGGUACGCCAGUCUGUAUUUCUGCUGUGCAUUGGAGAACCAGGAUAAUGAACUUCUGGCUUUAGAGAUACUGCACCGUUACGUGGAGCUACUUGACAAAUACUUUGGCAAUGUAUGUGAGCUGGACAUCAUCUUUAACUUUGAGAAGGCUUAUUUCAUCCUGGAUGAGUUUCUGAUGGGUGGAGAGGUCCAAGAGACAUCCAAACAGUCUAUUGCAAAGUCUAUAGAGGCCUCAGAUAUGCUGCAAGAGACGAUGGAAGAAUACAUGAGCAAACCAGCCUUCUGACAGCAGCUGACGUGAUACAAUGUGACAAAAGGGAAAGAAACCUGCCUCCGCAGUGUGGAUUGUGUCCUUCACACAGGACACAGUUUUUCAUUGCAAGAAAUGACAGACUUCUUAAAUGAGGGAUGCAGAGUUAGUUUUCUUAUUUAUUAUUAUUGUUGUUGUUAUUAUUUUCUUCUCAAUGCUUGUAUGAACCUCAUCAAUACCACCAAAUUUUACUAGAACUGAAUCAGGGUUCAUGUUGUGUUUUUUGAAUAGGUUUCGUCUUGUCAGCUUUAUAAAAAUAAAUGUAAUGCAAAAUUUCUGUGAUGGCUCCAGCAUGCAUAUACACAUGCAACUUAUAAUUUUCAACUUUUAUACCAAAAUUUUAUAUAAUCAAAUACUUGCAAUAAUCUUAAACCUUGGCUUAUCUGAAGUGCCUUUCCAUGUUUUUAAACAUGUUGCAUGUCUCAGGAGACAUUUAGUUAAAGAAAGAAAAAAAGACUUUUUGAAGAAUGCUUCUUUAUGAGCACAAUUUGUUGGCGUUGUCUUAUUAAAAUUGCUUUUUUGAUAUGA